AUGGUGUCUUCUUCGUCCUCCUCUUCUCCACCGCCGCGGGGAUGGCACGCCCGCUCAACCUCGUCCAUCUUUCGCAAACCAGUGCCCGCGACCGCGCUCCCGGCGUCCAAGAAGCCCGGGCCGACCGUCCACGUCACGGAGACGACGACCGAGAGGACGGCCAACGGCCAGAUGGACGCGCACGGCAUCGACCUGAGCUCGCUGGGCGGGUCGUCGACGACGGCUGCGGCGCGUUACGGCGGCGCUGACCCCGUGUUCCGCGGCCGAGACUCCAUCUCGCCCGAUGAGGCGGCGGCGGCGGCGGCGGAUGAUGCGAUUCGCGGCCAUCACGUCGACCAGCGCCACGAUGCGCGCGCGGGGCUGCUUCAGAACGCCCAGGAGUCGGCCUAUGACGGCUACUCGUCCUCUUCCCCGGACUCACAGCAGCAGUAUCAACAGCAACAACAGUAUCAACAGCAACAGCAGCACCAUCAUCACUAUCAUGAACAGCUUCAUUAUCAUCAGCAACCAGCCCAGCCACCGCCAUACAUCUCAAAACCCCUUUCAGUAUCCCCCAACGAGCCGGGGAAGAAGCCGUUCGGCAUCAAGCACCCCGGCUGCGGCUGGCACGCCUCGUGGAACAUGUACCUCUGGCUCGUCCUCGGCGUCGCCUGCGCCGUCGGCCAUCACGUCUUCUACCACACCCUCGACGGCAGGGCGGCCGACGACCAGGUGCGCAUGCUGCGGUACGGCACCGUCCUGGCCUUCGGCGCCAAGGCCAGCCUGGGCGCCGCCGUCAUCUCGGCCUUCCAGCAGCGCAUCUGGACGACGGUGAGGUCGCGGUUCAUGACCAUCGCCGCCCUCGACUCCCUGUUCGCCGCCACCGAGAACUUUGUCGCCCUGUUCAACUGGGAGUUCCUCAAAGGUGCCAAGGCGGCUGCUGCCCUGGCCUUGUUCGUCUGGCUGUCUCCUCUGGUCGUCAUCCUCACUUCCAACACGCUUCUCGUGGAGCCCAGGACCAUCAUGGAAAACACGACGUGCCCCAGUGUCCGCAGCCUCAACUUCGCCAAGGAGGACACGCACCAGUGGCGGGAGCCCGUCAAGAUCGACGGCCGUUACGAGAUGCCGCUGUCCAUCUGGAACUCGACCAAGCCCGCCGACUCGGAGCCCGACGGCUGGUUCGACUACUACACGGGGCCGAGCCCCAACUUCCAGCAGACGGCGACGCUCGGCGCGUUCCUCCAGGAGGUCGUCACGCGCAAGAACGCCUCGACCGAGGUCUGCGGCAAGGGCUGGAACUGCACCUUUGAGAUCGACUUCACCGCCCCGGGCUACCGGUGCAGCGAGCAGGCCCGCGGCAUCGGCUCGCGGCCGGCGAACCUGACGCAGGCGUCGGGCGAGGCCCCGCCGCCCUUCGGCACCGACAUCCUCCUCCCCGAGGGGACCUACGCCUACUACGCCUUCACGAGCGGCGGCGAGUACUCGACGACGCAGAUGAAGGAGGUCGAGAUCGGCGGCAUCCCGAAGAUGGAGCCGCCGUACCCGGAGCACAUGGGCGCCCUCCGCACCGAGCCCGUCAUCUGGAUCGGCCACGUCGUGCCCCCGGACGCCGAGCACCCGGCCUCAUCCAAGGAAGGGGACGAGCAGCAGCAGCAGCACAUGGACUACGUGCCCAAGAUCUUCGCCUGCGAGCACCUCGAGACCGAGUACACCGCCGUCUUCAACUACACGGACGCGACGCAGUCGGCCUACAUGAAGACGCGCCGGUUCCUGGGGCCCAUCAUCAACACGACCUUCGCCCCGGGGCUCGACGCCGACGACGGCACGGCGGACAACGUCACGGCCGUGCCGGAGCAGAACUACGUGCUCCCGCGGGACGUCGAGCGGUACCGCCGCGUCGCCGCGUACCACUCGCUCGGCUUCAUGCUGCGCCGGUUCCUCAACGGCACCGUCCAGGUCGACCGGCAGUCGGCCAACCCGAUGGCCAACACCGAGGCCAUCCAGACCAAGCUGCUCGACCCGCGCAACAGCUACUUCCCCGUCUUCGACCUGCAGGACGUCGUCCAGGAGUUCUACGAGGACCUGAUCCUCUCCAUCUUCUCGACGCCCCAGUUCCUCCCCGUCGUCUGGGCCGCGCGCCCGGACGAGAACUCGGGCGGCCUGGCCGUCGGGGGCGGCGGCGGCGGCGGCGGCAACCGCUCGGCGUACGAGUACCCGUGCCAGCGGUCGCGGGUCGCUAACAUGUACAGCUACCACGCGCGCGACCUGUGGAUCGUCUACGCCAUCGCCAUCCUCCUGUCGUCCUCGGGGGUCGCCCUCGGCGCCCUCGCCGUCCGGGAGAACGGCGGCGUGCUGCGGAACACGCGCUUCUCGAGCGUCGUCGCCGCCACGCGCGGGCCGGCGCUGGACAAGGUGCACUGGGAGGGCCCCGACCGGGACCGCGGGGACGUGCCGGCGGAUGUGAAGAGGUUGAAGCUCGGCUAUGGCGUCAUGAACCAGGGCAUCGAAGGCAGCGGCGGUGGCGGCGGCGGACUGGGUAUAGGAGAUGAGAGAUAUCCCCGGCAAAGCAUGAUCUGGUCUCCUAGUGAGAUUCGGUGCGGCUUCGGGUUAGAAGGGGAUGUGAAUCAGAAGCGAAAGGAAGGGUCCCUAUUUCACAGAUAG